GCCCUCCAAACGCUUUGGAAAAUACAAGCACAAAAGAGAACAAAUCGCCUAUUCUUUUCCUUUCGUUUGGGCUGUGAGACACAGACCCAGUCGGGUUUACACGCGUGAUGAGCCCUAAUCGGGCCAUUGCCUGCUCGGUGUCUUUCUUGACUUACUGUCGCUUCUCCGUAAGUAUAAAGAUCCCCGUCCAUCUCCGCUCAGUUCUCUCAGUUCCAUCUCCGAACUCCCACACAGUUUGUGGAAACCACUAGGGGAGAGAGAGAGAGAGAGAAUGGCUGGUGCUAGAUUUCUGUGUUCCUUCCUCCUCCUCGUGACCGCUUGCUCCGCCGCAGCAGCUGGCUUCGAGGGCGCCGACCUCGAGUCCUCCAUCCUCCAAACCGUUGGCAAGGCCCAUCCCGCCCGCUCCUUCGUAGACUUUGCCCAAAGGCACGGGAAGACGUACGAGACAGCGGAGGAGAUCAAGUUGAGGUUCCAUAAUUACGGGGAGAAUCUCAAGCUCAUUCAAUCCACCAACCAGAAGGGCUUGCCUUACACUCUCGCUGUUAAUCAGUAUGCUGACUGGAGUUGGGAGGAGUUCAAGACGCACAAACUGGGAGGUGCUCAAAAGUGCUCUGCCACCACCAAGGGCAGCCACAUGCUCACCGACGAUGUUCUUCCCGACAAUGUUCUUCCCGAAACGAAAGACUGGAGAAAAGACGGGAUUGUAAGCCCAGUUAAAGAUCAAGGCCAGGACUGUGGAUCUUGCUGGAGUUUCAGCGCCACUGGAGCUCUCGAGGCUGCUUAUCACCAAAAACACGGCAAAGGAAUUUCUCUGUCUGAGCAGCAGCUCGUGGACUGCGCUACAGAUUUCAACAACCACGGAUGCAAAGGUGGGUUGCCGUCGCAAGCCUUCGAGUACAUCAAGAACAACGGUGGGCUUGAGACCGAGCAAGCUUAUCCUUAUACUGCACGAAAUGGUACCUGCAAAUUCUCGGCUCGCAGGGUCGCUGUCCGAGUUGUCGACUCUGUCAACAUCUCCAAGGGUGCUGAGGAUGAACUUAAGCAUGCAGUUGGCAUGGUCCGGCCAGUCAGUGUGGCAUUCCAGGUCGUGAAGGGCUUCCAGUUUUAUCACAAAAAUUCUGGUGUCUACACCAGCGAUACGUGUGGUAGCACUUCCAUGGAUGUGAACCAUGCUAUUCUCGCUGUUGGUUAUGGAGUUAAAAACGGUGUUCCAUACUGGCUUAUCAAGAAUUCCUGGGGAGAGAGCUGGGGCGACAAAGGAUACGGCAAGGUGAAGAUGGGGAAGAACAUGUGUGGUAUCGCUACUUGUGCAUCAUACCCUAUUGUGGCCUAGAUUGUUUUUAGAGAACCUAUGGACUCGUGCGUCAAGUGAUUCGAGACAUAUUUGCUUCACCUCAAGGUUGAGUACUGUAAUGUAGCAUAGAAGGGUUUAUGCUUUAGCGAACAAAAAUAAUCUUCGGGACAAUUGUAAUUUCAUAUGGUUACUGUUAUGUCAACGAAGACCUUAUAAAUGCCAAUCUAUGUUUGCAUGGCAUGAAA